AUGAAUACUGCAACCACUGCCUCUGGAUCUGUGCCAUCUUUUAAUUUCUCUGACCCACCAUGGUCGGUCAAACAUGAUCCUAACGAUAUGAAGAAAGUGUAUUUUUGCACUAAAGCAACCCUUGAUUAUAAAUUCUUACCUCAGGACUUACGUCAGUGGCCCGGGCUUACAUCUUCCGGGCUUUCUUUGGAAACUCUGAGAACAAUGAGCCAGGAUAAAUAUGCUACUCUCCGCAAAGCAUACAGAACAACAACCAAACAUGUGUUAGAAAUACUUGUGGGAGCUCGCCUGAAACACAGUGCAAAUACACUGUCAAAGGAUGUAAUGAAAAUGAUUGAGAACAAAGUCCGUAUCAUACAAGCCGAAAUACUUAAAAUCGGAACCAUCAUUGAGCAACGUCUCUCUGUCCUGAACUCUGGAGCCCUGAAAGAAGAGUCCGAAAAUCUCUCGCUCAAAGGAGAUAUGAGUAAAUUCGAGAGGUCCGAGGUGCCAUCUGAUCAACUUACAUUCAGGAGAAUUUCUCAGGCAAAGGAGGCAGAUCUUCAAGCUCUUCAACUCUAUUUGGCAUCACUGCAGACAUCAUCAGUUCCUGAGACAACAUACAUUCCUUUUGACUCCAGUGACAAAUAUUGGGACACUCCAACAACACCACCCACCAAGAGUGGUUCCGCAAGUGGCAGAAAGAAAAAACCCCGCAAAAAAGGUGUGAAGGCCAAGGCAUCCAGGGAAACACAUGCAUCAGAUGAAGACACUGCAACUGCUCAGUCAGCUGCUGAGGCACCACUCACAAGUACUUCUGUUGGACUGGGGUUUCAACCUAUAACUGUGGCACAAAGCAUUGAUGACAAUCCCAAUGGGUUUCAAGUAGUCAGCAAAAGUGGCAAACAUAGGAAAUCAAGGCCUGGAAUAACUGAAAAUAAGCUGCCCAUCCUUGGGAGUGAAGAACCAGCACUUGGACAUAUCCAUGAAACCCCUUACAGCCUCGGUCCAUCACAUAACGAACCCAAGUGCAAGAUCACACAGUCUACCACACAGUCUAUCACACAGUCUACCACUACCGUGCCAGCAACCACCUUGGCUCAUACAUUCUCUCCAAAUGACAGGGACACUGUCAUGCGCGGGGAAGAUGCAAAAGCCGCAUCAACCUCAUUGCUGUUCUCCCAAACCUGGAACGGCUCCCUCCUCGUUGUAUCGCAUAAAGGGAAGAAGCUCCGAGACUGA